AUGAACUCCAACCAACUUGACCCUCGUAAGCAUCCUCUUCAAGCGAUUGUCGCUGCUAUCGGUGUUAAAGCACAAGAAGGAUGUCAAACGCGCUCAAGCCACUUCCAGGGACCAGCCGAUGUCAUCGCCAAGGUCUCAGGCGCCCAGAGCGGAGGGAAGAGAGAAGAUGGUAACUCUGAUCUUCCCAACAACAAAGGCACCCCUCGCCCUAACCCAACUUAUAGUAAGACUGUUGGGGGUUUGCCUCUCGUCAGCGAUACAUUCUUGUUGCAGAAGCAGCAGAAUUUUAACAGAUCCAAGACUCUAGAACGUGUGGUUAAUUCUUGCGGAGCUGGCGCUUUUGGUUACUUUGAGUGCACCCGGGACGUCACCGAACUCACGAAAGCCAACUUUCUUUCUUCUGUUGGAGACAAAACACCCGUUUUUGUUAGAUUCUCUACCGCAACUCUUGGAAGGGAGUUCCCAGACGCGGCUCGUAACCCUCGAGGCUUUGCUAUCAAGUUCUACACCAAGGAAGGAAACUAUGACAUUGUCGGCCUCAACUUUCCCGUCUUCUUUUGUCGCGAUCCCAUCCAAGGACCAGACGUCAUCCGCUCCCAGUCCCGCAACCCGAGCAACUUCCUUCUAGAUCAUGACGCCCUCUUUGACUUCCUUGCCAACAACCCCGAGGCCAAUCAUGCCGGACUCAUGUUGUUCAGCGACCACGGAACCCCCCAAGGAUGGCGCUUCAGCCAUGGCUACGGCUGCCACACGUUUAAAUGGGUCAACGCUGACGGAGAGUUCAUGUACGUCAAGUACCAUUUCAUCGCAAAGCACGGCCAGAAGCAAUUUACCGAUAGUGAGGCAAUGCAAAUGUGUGGCGAAGACCCGGAUUACUCUAAAAGGGAUCUCUGGGAGGCUAUUGAGAAGGGUGAGGACGUUGAGUGGACGGUGCAUGUUCAGAUCAUGGAUCCUAGACAGGCGGACCCUGACACCCUCGGCUUCGAUCCUUUCGAUGUCACCAAGAUCUGGCCUAGAUCUGAGUUCCGCAUGAAGGAACUUGGAAGACUAGUGCUUAACAAGAACCCCGAGAACUUCCACAGAGACGUGGAACAGGCUGCUUUCUCGCCUGGCAGCAUGGUCCCCGGUAUUGAAGACUCGCCCGACCCUCUUCUCCAGUUCCGCAUGUUCCUCUACCGCGAUGCUCAAUACCAUCGUUUAGGCACCAACCUGCACCAAAUCCCCGUCAACUGUCCUUUCAUGGCCAAGUCAUACGCCUCGCCCUUUGACCGUCCUAUGCAUGUAGACACCGACCGCGCGGGCAGCAAGCAAUACCCCCUAAAUAGCUUUGCUCACAAGUUUAGACCCGAUACAGACGAAGCCCCCUACGAGGUCAACGAUAAUUUUGUGAGUAGGGUGAGCCACUACUGGCAUGAGGGGAAAAAGCACGACUAUGAUCAGGCCAGAGACCUCUGGACAAGAGUCAUGAGCGAGCAGGAGAAAAAGAAUACUUGCUACAACACGUCCAAGGGCCUUGGACGAAUCAAGUAUCUCGCGCAGGUGCAUAUCAUCUCGGUAGACUAUGCACAAGGAAUCUACAAUCUUCUUGACGAGCCUCAGUUCGACUUCUCCAAGGUCAAGAAGCUUGCUGAGACGAUAUUUGCUGAGGCUGCGGAUGACUGGUAUAAGGAGCCAAAGUUCAGAGCCAAACCUGGUUCGAAACUCGUAGGAUAUCCUCCUGAGAUAGCAGUGUAUCAACCAUGA